AUGUCCACUGACACCCAGUGCCCCUGCAACCUUCUCUUCCUGCCCCACGAAGGUGCUGUCACCAGCUUUAAUUACCCCGGCUCCAUCCGCCCUGGCCCCUGCGCAGCUGGAGAGCCCCUUGGGCGGGCGCAGGGCCCCUCGCCUGGGCACGCAGCAUUCCUGCAUUCCUCCCCGGGGCCCACCGACCUGUCCUGCCGGUUGCGGGCAGCCUCCGGGCCGACAACCCUGAAGCAGGCCCAGCUCUGUUCACUGCUCCCCCGGCCUCCUGCUGUUUCCCACACGCAGCCGUGGUACAGGGCAGCUCAUCCAACCACCUCCCCAACCGCAGCCUCCAGGGAUGUACACCCUGCCUCAGGGGCUCCGCCUGGGUCCUGGCCGGUGGAGGGCACAGCCGUCAGGGAAGGCCCUCAGCUGCAGGAUGCCGUGCCACGGAGACCAACCAGGCCCUCUAAGGCACUGUGGCCGGCCCAGAUGUCAACAGCUCCAGAAAUUAGGCUGGGACAGAUGGUGCCUGGUGACGCAAGGGGACUGUGGGGGCCACAGGGGACCCUGCUCACCUGGACCUACCGUGGAGGCCAGGGAGGGAGAUGGACUCGAAGGGCGGAAGGGCCCAGAGAAGGCACAUUUGCAGAGCAGCGGCCGCAUUUCCAGAGAUCGGGAGCCCAACAGGAAUCCCGUCUGGCCAUGGGACCACCGCCCCUGGGGCUGGGGGAUGCUGCAGGGGACGGCAGAGGGCAGACAGGCCAGGAAAAGGGGAGGGCAGAGGGCAGACAGGCCAGGAAAAGCGCCUGCAAGUGCCCAAGGAAGGGACCAAGCCCGGGCCCCUGGACCAGAGCGGCCGCCUGGUGGGGCAGGCUGGAAGGGGCCAAGGCCAGCGCCAAGGGGGAGCAGGUGAGGGACCCUGGUGGGCAUCUGUGGGAACAAGGCCACGUUUCUCCCUGCGCACGCUUUAAUCAAGGACAUUCCUGUGGUUCUCGAAAAGUGUCGCACAUUACAUGGGUGUCGUGAGCUGGGCUCCGUGAGAGUGUGCAGGUGGCUCAGGCACCCAGGGGUGGCUGGGGGCAG